AUGUUGUUUGAGGAAACAAUCGAAUGCGUUGUGAUGGCAGUGCAUUCGGCGACAAAAUUCGAACGUAAAAUGUCUAUACCGCAAAAAGAGGAGCUUUCAAUCGUUAUUGGUUGUGAAUUAACGAGCUCAAAGAGCACAUCUGAGGAAACACACCUAUUGGCUAGAAUACCCAACUCAAAGAUGGUGAUUCUAAAAACUUUCGCUCCUACACUAGAAGAGUGUUUCUGUAAAGCGCAUUUUACAAAGCAACGAACGGAAAGGAUCGGUGUCGGUUUUGUGUUUGGGAAAGGUGAACUAAGAGAGGAGCCGUCGGAAUUUGAAGAGAGUCAAACCAAUGAUGUCGAGGAAUCGCUUUUAUCUCCUGUACUAAAUAUCAAAUCACCAACGGAAGAUAUGACAAUGUUUGGCGAGGAAAGCAAAGAAAAACGAAAGAAGAAGAAGAAGAAGAGCGAUAAAGCGACGGAAAGAAAGGAAAGCCAAGGAAGUCUCGAUGUGACAGUGUCUAGAGAGCGAACGAACUCUGGUACGCAUGGACUGCUGGUCGAGUUGGACAUUUCAGCCGGUGAAGAAGAGGCCAAAACGGAUGCAGUCAUCGAUAUGAAUUUCUAUGAUUUUGAGGAAACUGAGAUCAGCAUUCACGAGCCGACACCAAUUGAAAAUCUCCUGGAAGUUGAUGUGAUCUUGGAGUCUCUGCAAGAAGAGGAGGAAAUUGCUGCCAUUGCACCGAUGAUAAUUUCACAAGUUUGCGAUGCCACUAUUCAAAAACAGUUCACCGAAGCCAAGUUGACGAAACUUUUCGAUGAGCAGCGUUUGGCUCAAAAAGAUGAAACAGAGAUAAUCUUGAUGGAAAAAUCAUCGAUCUCUGCUAAAGCGAGGAAAACUAUUUUCAACGAACCAGUAGCGGAGGUUACGACUGAUGAACAAGAACGCGUCCAGCUCAUUCUGCAAGAACCGGAAGGAUUUACGAUUCGUGAUCCUCUUCAACUCUCAAUUCUGCGUCUAGUUACGAAAUAUCCAAUUGAAGAAGCCAUUUGGUAUCGAAACGAUUUAGUCCUCCCCAAGACUGAUAUUAUCACCCAAAAUAAUCAGGACAACAUCUCAACUGUAACUUUCCAUCGCUUUGUUGCUAGCAUAGUCGGUGUCUAUCAUUGUGUCGUCGAUAAAGCUGUAAGCGAAAAGGUGAAUGUCGAUGCUGCUUUCGCCCCCUUGAUCUUAAACGACAUUCCGGGUAAAGUCGUGGUUUGCCAAGCUAACAAACCAUUUGAUUUUCAAGUCGAUUUUGCUGCAUAUCCUCAUCCGGAAAUUAAAAUCCUGGAGACCGACAUAGCUUAUGAUGUAACCAUGUAUGAUGACUAUGCCUCUCUACGUUUCAGAAGUUUACGAAGAGCCGGCAAAAAGAAUGUCACAAUCUUUUUGCAAAAUUCGGUGGGAAAAACCGAGGCUAGUUUUACAUUGCAAAUCAUUGACACACCACUGGCCCCAAAAAAUCUCCGAGCAAGCGAGCUGACUUAUGAUAGUGUGAAAUUGCAGUGGGAAGCCCCAGACGGAGAAGGAGAUCCAAUCAAAAACUACAUUAUUCAGAGAAAAGCUGGUGAAAUUUCUCGGUGGAGAAACAUUCAAAAAGUGGAUUCAGAUACUUUUGAGCAUGUCAUAACAGAACUAUUAGCUGAGGAGAUGUAUUCUUUCAGAAUACUCGCCGAAAACAACAUCGGUGAAGGAGCACCGAGUAAUCAAGCCGAAAUUAUUACUUUGGAGGAUAAUAGUGAAUACAUCGAAGAUUUUACGCAAAGCGUUGAGGAAACGGAGCUUGCCCAGACUGAUGUCGAAACUACACUGGAAGAACUUGAAGAAAAAGUUGAAUCGACCACCUCUGAAGUGUCUGUAGAAGAGAACAUUGUAUUCGAAGAGAAGACAGUUGAGGAAAGUAACAAUACAGAGGCCAAGAAGGAAGAAGAAGCCAAAAAGGCCCAAGAAGCUAAGAAGGCAGAGGAAGCCAAGAAGGCUGAGGAAGCCAAGAAGGUCGAAGAUGAGAAGAAGAAGACGGAGAAGACCAAGAAGAAAGUCGAUGAAGAUGCCGCAAAGAAGAAGGCCGAAGAGGAAGCAAAGGUCAAGGCUGAUGAAGAGGCCAAGAAAGCUGAGGAAGGCAAGAAGGCCGAAGAAGCUAAGAAAGCAGAGGAAACCAAGAAGGUCGAAGAUGAGAAGAAGAAGACGGAGAAGGCUAAGAAGAAGGUCGAUGAAGAAGCCGCAAAGAAGAAGGCCGAAGAGGAAGCAAAGGCCAAGGCUGAUGAAGAGGCCAAGAAAGCUGAGGAAGCCAAGAAAGCUGAGGAAGCCAAGAAGGCCGAAGAAGCUAAGAAAGCAGAGGAAACCAAGAAGGUCGAAGAUGAGAAGAAGAAGACGGAGAAGACUAAGAAGAAGGUCGAUGAAGAUGCCGCAAAGAAGAAGGUUGGAGAUGAAGCAAAGGCCAAGGCUGAUGCAGAGGCCAAGAAGGAAGAAGAAGCCAAGAAGGCCCAAGAAGCUAAGAAAGCAGAGGAAGCCAAGAAGGCUGAAGAAGCCAAGAAGGUCGAAGAUGAGAAGAAGAAGACGGAGCAGACCAAGAAGAAAGUCGAUGAAGAUGCGGCAAAGAAGAAGGCCGAAGAGGAAGCAAAGGCCAAGGCUGAUGAAGAGGCCAAGAAGGAAGAAGAAGCCAAGAAGGCCCAAGAAGCUAAGAAAGCAGAGGAAGCCAAGAAGGCUGAAGAAGCCAAGAAGGUCGAAGAUGAGAAGAAGAAGACGGAGAAGACUAAGAAGAAGGUCGAUGAAGAAGCCGCAAAGAAGAAGGCCGAAGAGGAAGCAAAGGUCAAGGCUGAUGAAGAGGCCAAGAAAGCUGAGGAAGGCAAGAAGGCCGAAGAAGCUAAGAAAGCAGAGGAAGCCAAGAAGGCUGAAGAAGCCAAGAAGGUCGAAGAUGAGAAGAAGAAGACGGAGAAGACUAAGAAGAAGGUCGAUGAAGAUGCCGCAAAGAAGAAGGCCGAAGAGGAAGCAAAGGCCAAGGCUGAUGAAGAGUCCAAGAAGGAAGAAGAAGCUAAGAAAGCAGAGGAAGCCAAGAAGGCUGAGGAAGCCAAGAAGGCCGAAGAAGCUAAGAAAGCAGAGGAAACCAAGAAGGUCGAAAAUGAGAAGAAGAAGACGGAGAAGACUAAGAAGAAGGUCGAUGAAGAUGCCGCAAAGAAGAAGGCUGGAGAUGAAGCAAAGGCCAAGGCUGAUGAAGAGGCCAAGAAGGAAGAAGAAACUAAGAAAGCAGAGGAAGCCAAGAAGGCUGAGGAAGCCAAGAAGGCUGCGGAAGGCAAGAAGGUCGAAGAUGAGAAGAAGAAGACGGAGCAGACCAAGAAGAAGGUCGAUGAAGAUGCCGCAAAGAAGAAGGCCGAAGAGGAAGCAAAGGCCAAGGCUGAUGAAGAGGCCAAGAAGGAAGAAGAAGCCAAGAAGGCCCAAGAAGCUAAGAAAGCAGAGGAAGCCAAGAAGGCUGAAGAAGCCAAGAAGGUCGAAGAUGAGAAGAAGACGGAGAAGACUAAGAAGAAGGUCGAUGAAGAUGCCGCAAAGAAGAAGGCCGAAGAGGAAGCUAAGGCCAAGGCUGAUGAAGAGGCCAAGAAAGCUGAGGAAGCCAAGAAGGCUGAAGAAGCCAAGAAGGUCGAAGAUGAGAAGAAGAAGACGGAGAAGACUAAGAAGAAGGUCGAUGAAGAAGCCGCAAAGAAGAAGGCCGAAGAGGAAGCAAAGGCCAAGGCUGAUGAAGAGGCCAAGAAGGAAGAAGAAGCCAAGAAGGCCCAAGAAGCUAAGAAAGCAAAGGAAGCCAAGAAGGCUGAAGAAGCCAAGAAGGUCGAAGAUGAGAAGAAGACGGAGAAGACUAAGAAGAAGGUCGAUGAAGAUGCCGCAAAGAAGAAGGCUGGAGAUGAAGCAAAGGCCAAGGCUGAUGCAGAGGCCAAGAAGGAAGAAGAAGCUAAGAAAGCAGAGGAAGCCAAGAAGGCUGAAGAAGCCAAGAAGGUCGAAGAUGAGAAGAAGAAGACGGAGAAGACUAAGAAGAAAGUCGAUGAAGAAGCCGCAAAGAAGAAGGCCGAAGAGGAAGCAAAGGCCAAGGCUGAUGAAGAGUCCAAGAAGGAAGAAGAAGCUAAGAAAGCAGAGGAAGCCAAGAAGGCUGAGGAAGCCAAGAAGGCCGAAGAAGCUAAGAAAGCAGAGGAAACCAAGAAGGUCGAAGAUGAGAAGAAGCAGACGGAGAAGACUAAGAAGAAGGUCGAUGAAGAUGCCGCAAAGAAGAAGGCUGGAGAUGAAGCAAAGGCCAAGGCUGAUGAAGAGGCCAAGAAGGAAGAAGAAACUAAGAAAGCAGAGGAAGCCAAGAAGGCUGAGGAAGCCAAGAAGGCUGCGGAAGGCAAGAAGGUCGAAGAUGAGAAGAAGAAGACGGAGCAGACCAAGAAGAAGGUCGAUGAAGAUGCCGCAAAGAAGAAGGCCGAAGAGGAAGCUAAGGCCAAGGCUGAUGAAGAGGCCAAGAAAGCUGAGGAAGCCAAGAAGGCCCAAGAAGCUAAGAAAGCAGAGGAAGCCAAGAAGGCUGAAGAAGCCAAGAAGGUCGAAGAUGAGAAGAAGACGGAGAAGACUAAGAAGAAGGUCGAUGAAGAUGCCGCAAAGAAGAAGGCCGAAGAGGAAGCUAAGGCCAAGGCUGAUGAAGAGGCCAAGAAAGCUGAGGAAGCCAAGAAGGCUGAAGAAGCCAAGAAGGUCGAAGAUGAGAAGAAGAAGACGGAGAAGACUAAGAAGAAGGUCGAUGAAGAAGCCGCAAAGAAGAAGGCCGAAGAGGAAGCAAAGGCCAAGGCUGAUGAAGAGGCCAAGAAGGAAGAGAGCCAAGAAGGCCCAAGAGCUAAGAAAGCAAGGAGCAAGAAGGCUGAAGAAGCCAAGAAGGUCGAAGAUGAGAAGAAGACGGAAGAC